CACGUGAUACGCGAAUCACCAACAGCUCUUCUCUGUCAAGGAGUGGGACGUUUCGGAUCGUCUUAGUAAUGGCGGACACAUGUGGCCAAGUACUCCUUGGGUCUGGGCUAACUGUCCUUUCCCACCCCCUUAUGUACAUCAAGGUUUUAGUUCAGGUUGGACAUGAACCUCUCCCUCCUUCUUUAGGCAGGAAUCUAUUUGGCCGACAAGUGUACCAGCUUCCAGGGCUCUUUGCAUAUGCCAAACACAUCAUACAGAUUGAUGGGAAAUCAGGCCUAUUUAAGGGUCUCGCCCCGAGGCUUUGUGCUGGGACCAUUGGAACUGUCGUCCAUAGUAAAGUGUUGCAGAAAUGCCAGGAGGAAAAAACUGAGAUGGUGGGAAGUAGUCAGAAAGCAGAGGAAGGUUCCUUGCAACAUGUAGUAAAUGAGACCACUAAAGAAAUGAUUGCACGUUCCUGUGCCACAAUUGUCACACACCCUUUUCAUGUGAUCACUCUUAGAUGCAUGGUACAGUUUAUCGGUAGAGAAGCCAAAUACAGUGGCGUCUUUGACUCCAUUAUUACAAUCUACAGAGAAGAAGGAAUCCUGGGGUUUUUUGCCGGCCUCAUUCCUCGUCUACUUGGUGAUGUUCUUUCCUUGUGGAUCUGCAACAUGCUCGCUCACUUUAUCAACACAUAUGCUAUAGAUGACUCGAUGAGUCAUACAGGAGAGAUAAAGAACUGUUCUCAGGCUGUGACUGGGUUUUUUGCCAGUAUGCUGACGUAUCCAUUUGUAUUGGUGUCUAACCUGAUGGCUGUAAAUAACUGUGGGCUGGCUGGAGGUCUUCCACCCUAUGCUGCUGUUUAUCCCAAUUGGCUCCACUGCUGGAGUCACCUGAGCCGAGAGGGCAACAUGAGCAGAGGCAACAGUCUGUUCUUCAGAAAGUUGCCUGUGGGGAAGAUGUAUGCCAUCGAGCAGAAGAGAUUUUUCUGAAUAGAACGCUAUAAACAUUGUCUUUUAUCAUGAUAAUAUAAUUGAACUGGCCCAAGAAGUUCCUAAUCCUUUGUGUGCACUUGUUUAUGACAACAGACUUUUGUUCUUUUUGAUAAUCAGUCUGCAUCUACAUCCAGAAUCAUUGUUGUUAAUUUUAUCCAUAAAUUAUUUUCACUACAUGGUGAGUUGCUUUGAUUUGAAAACAUAAAGAGCUUUAUUUUAAUACCCAGGGCUUUGUAUACAUACCCCAACUAAAUAAACCCUAAAAUAAUUAUUUCAGAGAAGCACUUGAGGGUGUAAGUCAACUGUAAGUCCACACCAGCCCCUAAACCAUCUGUGCCUGAGUACAGUGCAGGCCCUUUACGCACUUAUGCAUUUUGUUCCCAUUUGCUCCCAAACAUGAUGAUCAUCAGUAAAACAGUCCUUAUACAUCUGCUGUUGUCUCUACUGUCUAAUGUACUGACUUUCAAGAAAUGUUCCACCCUGUUGAUGGUAUACUGAAAGUAAAGUUAAUCCAGCAGGCCCAUUUUGACCUAUGCGGUGUCUAUGUAUUCAUGUGUUAAUGUGAGAGAAAUGUUAUGCAGCACUUUGACUAUAUUUGCAUACCAGAUGUGGCCCUAGUUCUUGCAUAGCAUUGCUAAGCUUGACCACACCCUGGUAAUAUACACUGAUCAGCCACAACGUUAAAACCACUGACAGGAGAAGUGAAUAACAUUUAUCUCGAUUCAAUUGCACCGGUCAAGGCAUGGAAUAUAUUAGGCAGCAAGUGAAGUCAUUUCUUGAAUUUCAUGUGUUGGAAGCAGGAAAAAUGGGGAAGUGUAAGGAUCCAAGUGACUUUGACAAGGCCCAAAUUGUGAUAGCUAGAUGGCUGGGUCAGAGCAUCUCCAAAAUGCCAGGUCUUGUGGGGUGUUCCCGGUAUGUAGUGGUUAGUACCUAACAAAAGUGGUCCAAGGAAGGACAACAGGUGACAGGGUCAUGGGCACUCAAGGCUCAUUGAUGCGUGUGGGGAGCGAAGGCUAGCCCAUCUGUUUCUAUCCCACAGAAGAGCUACUGUAGCACAAAUUGCUGAAAAACCAUGAUAAAAAGGUGUCGGAACACACCGCGCAUUGCCCAUGACCUCUGUCCACUGUCGAAAGCGCCUACAAAUGGGCAAGUGAGUCAGAACUGGACCAUGGAGCAAUGGAAGAAAGUGGCCUGGUCUGAUGAAUCAUGUUUUCUAUUAGAAAUGUGGACGGCUGUGUGCAUCGUUUACCUGGGGAAGAGAUGGCAGCAGGAUACUCCAUGGGAAUAAGGCAGGCCGCCGGAGGCAAUGUGAUGCUCUGGGCAAUGUCUUGCUGGGAAACCUUGAGUCCUGGCAUUCAUGUGGAUGUUACAUUGACGUAUACCACCUACCAAAGAUUGUUGUAGAACACGUACACCCCUUCAUGGCAGUGGUAUUCCCUGAUGGCAGUGGCCUCUAUCAGCAGGAUAAAUGCACCAUUACCACAUUGCAAAAAUGGUUUGAGGAACAUGACAAAGAGUUCAAAGUGUUGCACUGGCCUCCAAAUUCCCCAGAUCUCAAUCCGAUUGAGCAUCUAUGGGAUGUGCUGGACCAACAAUCCGAUCCAUUGAGGCCCCACCUCACAACUUGCAGGACUUAAAUUAUCUGCUGCUAACGACUUGGAGCCAGAUACCACAGGACACCUUCAGAGGUCUUGAGGAGUCCAUGCCUCGACGGGUCAGAGCAGUUUUGGCAGCACAAGGGGAACUACAUUAUAUUAGGCAGUGGUUUUAAUGUUGUGGCUUUAGAGCAGUGGUAAGUGUGGAGGCCACAUCUCCGUCAGAGCAAUUGUUCCCAUUCCUAAAAGGUUGAGAUUUUUAUUUCUAUUGACAUUCAAACUAACUUAAAUAAAUCUUAUGCCA